AGUCAUUUGACUAAGAUUACAUGUAAUUUAGACAAGAACGGGUCGAGAAUGUGGUGUGUCAGGGCAGGUCGGGUCGAUGAGAGGUACGCAUAGAUGACGCGCUCCAAAACAUGUCAAACAAGUCGAGUAAAUCAGGUCAGGUUGAAAUUGUCAUCCCUAACCAUGAGAUCGAGAUGAAGACAAACAAAUAUCAUUCAUUCAAGUGGGAAAUAAAAUAAUGUUCUGCAGAAAGAAAUGGAGAGAGAGACACACAACACAAGUGGACGCCAAGUCAGGGGCUAGUAAGCAAAUGGCCGGCUCAAAUGGAAAACAAGAACAACUCUUUUUUUUAAUUAAUUGAAAAGGUGAAAACAGGGGGAAGAAAAUAUACGUGGGAAAUUACUCUGGAAGUUGGGAUGAGAAAUGAGAAGGGAAGGAGUAGAGUGUGGGAUAGGAGAUGAGAUGAGGAAAGAGUGAUGGAGACAGGCAGGGCCAUGCUCACCAAAUGCGUCACUUUUAUAGCAAAGGACCAUUCUUUCCCAAUCCAAAUCUCAAUCCCAUUCAGCAGCAGCAAUUCAUCAACCAUAUGUAUUAUUGGGUUGUAGAUAAUGAGAUGAAACAUUGAUGACCCCAUAAUAUGAAGGAUACCCAUUUUGAACCUCCUCCUUCCCUCAUCCAUGGCGGAUGUUACUAGGCAUCAAACCUCCUUCCUUCCUUCAUUUCUCACUACCCACUAGACUAGCUUCACAGAUAUUUCCCCACAAUAUCCCAUUCCCACUCCAUUUCCUUGGAAUUGGUGAUGCUUCCUCCUGAUCUGGAUUGUCUCUUUCUCCCUCAGCUCUAGUGAGAGAUACCAUUUAUCAUCAGCUCCUCUUCCCCCCCUUUGUCAUCUCUCUGGCCUUCCGUUGGUCACUCACUGCAACUUCUUGGUUUUUGAGAGAGGCCCAAGAGAAAGAAAUGGCUGCUGUUGCUGCAACUUUCGUUGCCAGUUCUGGGCUUCACUCUGCUACCAACGCCAGAGCUGUUGACAAUCUCCCCUUGGCUUUCGGCUUCGGCGCCACUCCUGCCACUUCUCCCCUUCCCUUCAAUCAAAUUGGUGGUAAUUCUAGUACCAAAAGAAGAUUGUUGUGUUCUUCUAGGACCCUCGUCAUUCCCCGAGCUUCAACCACAGCAGUUGAGGAUGGGAGUUUCAACGGCACCGAUACAGUCCCAACUCCGAAGGUCAUAAUUGACCAGGACUCUGAUCCUGAUGCAACCGUUGUGGAGAUCACCUUUGGGGAUCGCCUUGGGGCUCUUCUUGACACUAUGAGUGCUCUUAAGAACCUGGGCCUCAAUGUUGUUAAAGCUAAUGUCUUCCUAGAUGCUUCUGGGAAACACAACAAAUUUGCCAUAACAAAAGCGAGCACCGGCAGAAAAGUUGAUGAUCCAGAGCUGCUGGAGGCAAUUCGCUUGACAAUUAUCAACAACCUUCUUGAGUACCAUCCGGAAUCAAGUUCCCAGCUUGCAAUGGGGGCUGCCUUUGGUGUAGAACCGCCUCAACAACAGAUUGACGUGGAUAUAGCAACGCACAUAACCAUUUCCGAGGACAGUCCAGAACGAAGCUUACUUUAUGUGGAGACAGCUGAUCGCCCUGGAUUGUUGGUCGAUCUUGUAAAGAUCAUCUCUGAUAUUAACAUUACUGUAGAAUCUGGGGAGUUCGACACUGAGGGCUUACUUGCUAAGGCAAAGUUCCAUGUGAGCUACAAGGGCAAAGCUACCAUCAAGCCCCUCCAACAGGUCUUAACUAACAGCCUCCGAUAUUUUCUGAGGCGGCCUUCAACUGCGGACUCUAGCUAUUGAGCCAUUCCAAAUCUGAGUGUGCAUUGAAACCAUAGAUUUUUAAUCCUCUUCCCUUUUUCUUUGUUAAGAAUACUUUUUCAUCUCCCCUCGCUCUUUCAAUUUGCGAUUCAUUCCCAGCUCCAGUGGGGACAAAUUGUAAAAUCCUUAAUAUAUAGAAAACGUGAAAAGGAGUCUCUCAACUUAGGCUUAAUAAAACCUUUGCUGCGAUGGUGAUGAUGCAGUGAUUUGUGAAGCUAGGAUACAUCUGAUGGACUUUUUUUCUCUGAACAGCACCUCGACCCAAUCUUUGAUAUGAUCCAGCAGCAUGACUGCAUGAGAGCCCAACCCAUCUUUGUAGUUGUGCCCUUUAAGCACCUAAGCGCCCAUCAAUCGAUUCUCAAUGAGUAUGCUACCUGAAGAAACAUCCUCAAAGACACAAAAUUAAGCAUCAAAUAUCGCAAAUUAGUUUAUUCUAGUCAAAUAUUCAAUGAACCCGAUUAUUGAAAUUGCUCAAGAUACCCUUUUUUAGCUUCUAGAAUCUAUUUCUUAGUUCAUUAUUCUAGUCAAAUAUUCUAGGGAGGAUAAUAAACGAACCUAAACAGAAUCAAGUAUUUCUUCCGAAAGAGUUCGAAGAAAGCUGACGAAUAACAGAAGAUGCACUCAUUCGCAGUGUAAUGACUAAGAAGAAACAACGGAACACAUCCUCAGAGGACGCAAAAAAACUGAGGAUCUCUGG